AUGAGGAGGGAAAUCCUCACCCUGGCCUUCGCCCGGGCCGUCUUCGCCGAGUUCCUCUCCACCCUCAUCUUCGUCUUCAUCGGGCUGGGCUCGGCGCUCAAGUGGCCCUCGGCGCUGCCCAGCAUCCUGCAGAUCUCGCUGGCCUUCGGGCUGGCCAUCGGCACGCUGGUGCAAGCCUUCGGCCCCGUCAGCGGCGCCCACAUCAACCCGGCCGUCACCAUCGCCUUCUUCGUGGGCAACCAGAUCUCCUUCCUGCGCACCCUCCUCUACGUGGCCGCCCAGCUGCUCGGGGCCGUGGCCGGCGCCGGGAUCCUCUACGGCGUCACCCCGGCCAACACCCGCGGCAACCUGGCCAUCAACGCCCUCAACAACAACACGACGGCGGGGCAGGCGCUGGUGGUGGAGAUCAUCCUGACCUUCCAGCUGGCCGCCUGCAUCUUCGCCUCCACCGACAACAGGAGGAGCGGCGUGGGCUCCCCCGCCAUCUCCAUCGGCCUCUCCGUCACCCUCGGCCACCUCGUGGGGAUUUACUUCACCGGCUGCUCCAUGAACCCCGCGCGCUCCUUCGGCCCCGCCGUCAUCGUCAGGAGGUUCGACCCCACGCACUGGGUUUUCUGGCUCGGGCCCAUCCUGGGGGCCUGCCUGGCCUCUCUGCUCUAUUUCUACGUGCUGGUGCCGUACUGCAUGAACCUGUCGGACCGCGUGGCCAUCAUCAAGGGCACCUACGAGUCCGAGGAGGAGUGGGAGGAGCAGCGCGAGGAGAGGAAGAAAUCCAUGGAGCUCACCCCGCCCUAGGAGCGGGGGACGAGGAGGAUCCCUCACCCCCAAAAUCCCACAGCCCACGCCCCCCUAAACCCACGGGCAAGCUCGUCCUGGGGUUGUUGAGUGUAAAUACCCCCCUAAACCGCCUUAAAUCACCCCUCAUCACCACCCCAUCCCACCCUCCCGGGGUAGUUUGGGCUCCCCCUCACCCUGGGGGUCCCCCAAAGGGUGGGUGGGCUCUGGAAACCCCCCCAAAACACCCCCAAAUUCGCCCCCCUCGCGGGGCCAGCGCUGCUGGUAGAUGCUCUUUCCCUCCUUUCCCGGUGCUGGGGUUGUCCCUAUUUAUUCGUGGCUGUGCAAAACACGUGAUUGAUGAUUUGUUUUUGGUUUUUUCCUUUGUUUUGUU